AUGGCUGAACAGCUGGCGGCUAACGAAGUGGCCUCGGUCAAAGAGAAGCCUCCUCCGCCGCCGCCGCAGUCCUCCGCCGACGGCGCGACGAGAGCGUUUGGGGCCAUGGCGCUCUUUACCGCUGCCAAGGCCGCCUACGACAAGGUUGACCCGCUCGACGCUGCUGCGCGGGAGGCGCUGCACCAGAAGUACGCGGCCAAGGCGGUGACGCUCGCGCGCAAGCAGGGCGGGGUCUACGUCAAGGCAGCGCAGCAGAUCGCCUCACUCCAGGGAGGUUCGGGCGGCGGCGGCGUGCCACCCGCCUACACGACCGCUCUCGCAGAGCUGACGGACCGCGCGGCUCCACAAGACCUGCGCCUCUUCGAGGCGAUGAUUGCGGAGGAGCUGUGCGUGCCCGGCUGGACGGUCGACGCGCCCAGUGGCAGCGGCCUUGCUGCAGUGCGGUGCCCCGCCAUCGCCGCCGCGUCGCUCUCUCAAGUCCACCGCGCGAGCGCGGAGGACGGCAGCGAGCUCGCGCUCAAGCUGCAGUUCCCCUGGCUGGCCGAGCAGGUGCCGACCGACUUUGCCGUCUUCAAGAUGGUUGCCGGGCAGAUGCAGCCGGGCGGGUUCGACGUCUCGUGGCUGGUCGACGACCUGCAGAAGCACGUCCUCUCGGAGCUCGACUUUCUGACGGAGGCGCGGCACGCGGGGGAAGCGGCCGCCGCUCUCGCGCCGCGGGGCGAGUCGGUCCUCGUCCCAGCGGUGCGAAUCGCCACCCGCCGGCUGCUCGCGACGGAAUGGGUCGAGGGCUUGCUCCGCAUGCCGCUGCGGCACGGCUUGGUGCACGGCGACCCGCACUCUGGCAACGUCUACCUCCGCCGCCCCGCCGCCGCCUCCGGCAUCCCCGAGCAGCUGGUCCUCCUCGACCACGGCCUGUACCACCACCCGCCCGCGCAGCUGCGGCUCGCCGUGUGCAGGCUGGUGCUCGCCUGCGCGCGGCCGUGGGUCUCGAGCGAGCGGGAUCGACUCAUCGGCAUCCCGUCCGCUAUUAACGACUGCUAG